AUGGCUGGAGCCGAACUGAGACAACCUCAAACCACUAACAUGGAGACAGACACAUAUGACGAAGUCCUCGUCUCAAUCGCUGCUGUUAUUAAUAGGCACAUGCUUAGCUUGACAAUGCUGCAGGAUGAUCUCGAAAUUGCCUCCCAGCAGCCCUUACCAUCCAUGACUGCGAAGCAAAAACUACUGGCUGCAGUCGCCAACCUUCUACCUCGAUACCCCAAAGAACGCAUUGCUCUGACUGCUUACCUCAUGCAACGGGAGGCCAAUCUCAAGCAGCUGGUUGUACCUUUGUUACUCGAGUAUCGGAACGAAUCGGGCUUUGAUUUGCGCGUUUACCUCAGUAGGGUCGGCGCCAUUACAAUGCUUCGCUCAAAUCGGCAUGCGUGUCAACCAGGCAUUCCAACAUUCGCAACCUCUUCGGGCGCGGAUUCUUUGAGAUUCUCUGUUAUCGUGUCCCCCCACAUCAUCAAACCCCCACUUCCCUGCCCGUCACCUGAGGAGAUUGGACCGCAUUUUAGAACAAUGCAUGACGCCACUCCAGUUCGCUGUGCCCACAGCGAGCUCGAACUCUUUGCAAAUCUAUACGACAAUGGAAUAGCACAAAAAGUGGCAAGCCUUCGAUACGGAGAAGAGGAAGACCUAUACAUAGCGACCAGCGACCGGCCAUGCUUUGCUUGCAUCCACUACUUUGCGCUCGUGCGACGGAAUCUCAACAAGUACCGGCUCCUGGAGCUUCGCACACGGCACGACUUCAAACGAGCUAUCUUUCCAUGGCAGAUUCCUCAAGGGGAGCUCGAACGCAAGUACGAUGUAAAGUAUUUGUUCAAGGAAGAGUUGGCUGCCCGCCUCAGCUCUCGUUUCAAGAAGGCUGGUCCGUCAUAG